AUGCCGACGUACUACGGAGACAUCGCCAAGGCGGCGAAGGACCUGCUCACCGGCGGGUUCAACUACGACAACAAGUACACGUUCGACGCCAAGAACGUCGCGGACGGCGUCAAGAUCAACGUCAACGCGACGCAAAAAGACGGACUGGACGACCCCGUCGGCGCGGCGAAGACCACGAUGGAGCUCGACAAGAACCUCGUCCUCGAAGCGGAGGUUGCGCUCCCCUCGGGGAAGAUCGCCGCGUCCAUCGCGCACGCCGGCGUGAUCGACGGCCUCAAGACGACGAUCAGCGCCAACCCGAAGGACUUCGCGGGGAGUCUGAAGAUCGCGAAUCAGUUCGCGCGCGGCGGCGUCGGGCUGAAGACGGACGUCGCCGACGUCGCCGCCGGCGCGCCCAAGACGGACGCGUCCGCGUGCUUCGUCUUCGGCGACGUCGCGCUCGGCGCGACCGCGGCGUUCGACGGGAAGACGAUGAAGCCGACCAAGGUGGCGGUCGCCGCGCAGUUUACGCCGAGCGAGAAUCUGACGCUCGCGGCGACGUUGGCGGAUGCGGACGUCCUCAAGGCGUCCGUCGUCGCGUCCCUCGACGCCAAGACCACCGCGGGCGCGGAGGUGACGUUCAAGACGAAGAAGCGUGACGUCUCCGCCGCGCUCGCGGCGAGCAGGAAGUUCUCCGCCGCGUGCGUCGGCAAGGUGGCGGUGUCGUCGCCGCUGCCGGUGAACGGCGGCGCUCUGUCGCCGGUGAUCUCCGCGUCCACCUCGGGCGACGUCGCGGCGAAGACGACGGGCGCGGCGAGCGUCCGGUACGACACGAAGAGCGGGAAGUACAAGUACGGGGUGCAGUUCACGACGAAGGUGUGAGCGAUGUGAUGAUCGCGCGAUGGAUGGAUGGAUGGAUUGGAUGGAUGGACGGAGAGAGUUGAGAUGAGAUUCGACGGCGCGAGAAGGCGAGUAAAUAUUAUUACCGUCGCGUCGCGGAGACGCGAACGACGGGGCGGGGACGGGGACGCGUAGACGACGUUCUGUUCUCGAGAUGUACAAUGAAGGAAGAGUAAAG